AUGCCUACUUCUGAAGAGCUGAAGGAACACAUUGCUUCCAUUUCUUCAACUUUGCAACAGUUACAGUCCACACUCAAUAAUUUGAAUUCCACCUCUGGGUUACUACAACCGGCAAAUGUUAAAGAUCCGUUACUUGAGAUUUCCAAAUUAUCAUCAUUAAUCAGCGCCCAUGCAACGAAAUUGGGACUUGUUUUCAAGCCUCCUAUCGCAGCCACUACUUAUAAUACGUGUUUCCAAGAACUCGACUCUUUCUUCAAAUACAUCAAAUUCUUAAUAUCGAUUCUAAACCAAUUGAAAAAUUCCACUGAAAGUUAUUCAAACUUAUUCAUCAAUGAACUAUCAUACAAUACUGCAUCUAUUAUAGAGUCUGCAUUUUACUUGGUUGAAGAAUUGGGUAAGUUGAUCGAUACCGAAGAUGUUCUCAAAGAUGAUAAAACUGAUGAAAGGCUAAUUGGUGUGGGUAUAGUAUGGGAAAAAUGUGAAAAUAUCAGCAAAAAUGCAAAGAUCGGUUCAAGUGGAAUAUUGCGUGGGAAGCUGAAGAGCUCUAGUUCAUUGGUUCUUGAUGCAAGCGAAGAGCUAAAAGAAUGGUUAUUGGAUCCAAUGGUUGGUGAUGCAUUUAAUCUUGAUGAUUUCAGCGACAAUUUUGAUGGUGAUGACGAUAAGAUUCAAACCAGCAACAAUGGAGAUGAGGAUGAAAGUGGAGAUGAAGAUGAAGAUGAAGAUGUUCCUGAAGCAAUAAUCAAAUAUGGUGAAACCUGGAGUCCGAAAAUCCAACUUGUGAAACUUCUUCUCUCCUUACUUGACAGGUCUAUUCCGGCAAGUAAAUACACAAAAAAAUUCUCUAAAAAUAUUGAUUUGUUCCAUGAAAAGCAGCUGAAGGUUAACGAAUAUGUUGAUGAUCUGGUUGCUUCAAUAGUAUAUGACAUGGAUUUGGAGAAUGCUAAAAAGGCAUCUGAUAAAUUAACCAAGGAAAUUAACCAAAUUUUUGAAAUAGUCAAAAUCCUCAACAACAAUGAUGAAAAGAAAGUAAAAUGGUUGGAAUCCUGGAAAAUCAAGUACAGUAAUUAG